GGAAGUCAACACCAUUUCCGGUGUCAACAGAGAAAUCAAAUAUGGCGCCUGUUUUAAUCCAUUGACUGUCAAGAUGUUAUAUUUAAAGUUAAAUUUUACAGAUUUGAUUUUAAGAGAAAUCCAUUAUGGUGGAACCGAGCCGCACUGGAAGUUCUGUUCGGUUCUUCUGUACCGCCGGAAAUGGAAUGGAGACUUUUCUGACGGAGGAGGUGAAGAAGAAGCUCUUAGCUGAAGAUGUGUGUCAGCUUCACGGAAAAGUCUUGUUCAGCUCCUCUGCAGCAAUCCAUAGAAUAACGGGCCUGAAGGCAGCAGAAAGACUCUUCCUUCUUUUAAAGAAGGACUCACCUCUCAGGAUGCCGACCCGCUGCAGCAGAGCAGAGGCUGCUUUUUUGCUGCAGUCCAGACUGUUGGGAAACCGGGAUCAGUGGAUCAGCGCUGCAGUGACAUGGAGCUGCCUGCAGAGGGAGCUUUCAGCCACCAGAGACCUGGGAGGAACAAGGUGGAGUCAGGAGAGGGGAGAGAGUGAAGACUUUGCAGGGUCAAGGAAACACAGAUCUGAGCUGAGGGAACCAGAGAGUGAAGAACAACAUGAAGAGAAGCCAUCGGAGAAGAAAAGGAUGAGGGUGGAGGAUGGAGAUGCAGAGAUGAAGAGGGAGUCUAAUAGCUUCAGCAGCAAAAUCCUUCACACCGGAGAUGAUGGGACCUCAGAAAGUGUGGAAAAUGUCACCUUCAGAAUCAGCUGCAAAUGCAGCGGAUCUGUUUCCAGAAGCUUCAGCUCACAGGAGGUGAGCAAAAUGAUGGGACCUGCUGUGAGCAAACUGAUGGGCUGGAAGGCUGACCUGAAGAAUCCUUUACUGGAGGUCAGUCUCCACUUGAGUGAUGACUACUGUCUGCUGGGAAUUCCUCUGACCAGGUUACCUUUGGCCAACCGCAGCUACAUUAAAACAACAGGACUGAGGUCCACUGUCGCCUGGGCGAUGGCAUCACUGGCUCACAUACAGCCGGGGUUCUGCGUGGUCGAUCCGAUGUGCGGCGUGGGAACCAUUCUGAUUGAAGCAGCGCAGGAACACCAGGAUGCCUGUUUUCUGGGUGUGGACAUCGAUGAUGGACAGCUGCAGAGGGCCAAUGAGAACGUUGCAUUUGCAGAUCUGGGACAGAGAAUACAGCUGCUGAAAGCCUCGACUGUGGCGCUGCCUCUGCCCAGCGGCAGUGUGGACGCCGUGAUCUGUGAUCUUCCGUUCGGGAAGAAGUUUGGCAGGGGCACCAACAUGGCUGCCGACCUGCCACUCAUCCUUUGUGAAAUGGAAAGAAUCCUAUGUCCUGGAGGGAUCCUCGUUGUCCUCCUGAGCCCUCAGUUGUCAUGUCUCCUAAAGAAACUCCUGACACAAGAACCACAAGAACCUGCUGAGCCGGCAUUGGAUCAGAAAGCAAAGCCUCAAACUGUGGCAGCGGUCUGCCUUUCAUCCAGCUCUCUGUCAGACCAGCAGCUAUGCAGACAGGACAGACGGCCAGCCGCUGAUCUUCAGCAACGCCCGUGUCCCCGCUGGUCUUCUCUGAAGCACCAGGUGACGUUCAGAGUCAGCUUAGGAGCAAUUGACGGACUGAUUCAUAAAUAUAUCAAAAUAUGAUGUUGGUGGAGCCUCCAGUAAGGGUGCUCAUCAUGAUGAUCAUGAACAUGUCUGCUGUGUGGAGCAAACUGACUGAAUCACCAAGGACACAUUACAUGUAGAGAAGAGAAUGUUUUGAACCUACAUCUGGUGUCUAAAAAUAUAUUUUCAAGUAAAAAUGUGUUUUAUGCAAUGAGAUACUAUAUUUUUUGUUUCUUUUUCAAAUACUAAUAAAAUGUAGAUGAAGCUGCACCUCUCA